AUGUCGCAAUCACAAUCACAAAUUCCAAAAGUUGGUGAUAAAUUCCCAACAGUAGAAAGCUUUAAGGAAGCAGUACAACAAAGCGCCAAAGUAGCGGGUUUUGCCUUCAGUGUAUCAUCAUCAAAAGUGUCAGGUGGAGGAAAAGGCGGUCAUACUCCUUUUGUUGUUUUGCAAUGUGUAAUGGGAGAUAAGUACAGGAACAAUCAUCAAAUUACUGAAGAAACACAAAAAAGAAAGAAGUCCACAAAGCGUCAAAACUGUCCUGUCAGUCUACGUGCUGUCUUAAAUAAGGAUACUAAAGUUUGGGUGGUAACAACUUCCAAAAAUAAACACAACCAUGAGCUACUACUUCCAUCUCAAGUUCAUUGUUUUCCUCAGCACUGGUAUCUUACUACAGAACAAAAAAAAUUAGUCCAUAUUAUGCUUAAAAGUGGAGCUUCAACUCAAUCAAUCGCUGAUGCGAUACACUGGAAAAAUGGUAUGAUAUACACAAAAGAUAUAAUGAAUGAACGUGACCGAAUAAAAAAUGCUUUGAAUGAAGGCACAAAUUGUAAUACUACAAUGUGUCUUCUACAAAUGUUAGAAGAAUGUCAAUAUAUAGUUCGUCAUGUAUUAACAAAAGAUGGCUAUAUGCUAAACUUAUUUUUUACGCAUAAUGAAGCUGCACUAUUUGUCUCAGAUAGGGCCCUUGCACUUCGAAAAGCAGCAGACAGAGUUUUUCCAGAUGCAAAAAAAAUGGUUUGCAUUUGGCAUAUGCUCUUACAAAAUUUACGAACUACAUUGGCUUAUGCUGAAGAAAUGUGUGAAGUAGAAAAGGCAUUUAAUGAGGUUAAUAAAGCAGUAAUAAAAAGCAAAGAUCCUAAAUAUAUUCAAGAUUAUCUUGAAGAAUGGAAAAAAGAUGCGGAAUAUUGGAUGCAUGUUUUUACAAAAAAUUAUCCACACAUGGGAAUCCAAUCGACACAGAGAGCAGAAGGAAGCCAUGCCACUUUGAAAAAAGCAAUAGAAGCAGCCAGUUUGGAACAAGUGUUUUUACAUAUUGACCGUGCCUUCCGCCAGCGCCAACUACGAACAACUGGGCCCCUUGGUUUGAAUAUUGUCUUCGCUGAUCCAUUUAUAUGUAAUGAUCUGAGAUUUGAAUUACUACUUGGAAAAAUUUCCAAAUGGGCAAUUGAUAGAAUCAAAAAGGAAAUAUGUGAGAUUGGAGAAAAUAAAAAUUUAGAUAAAAAAUAUGAAAACCUAAAUAAUAGUGGGUCGAAGGCCACAUUAUUGCAUAAGAUUGAGGAACUAGCCACUGAAGAAAUUCCAGUCCCAAAGGCGCCAUUGCAUACUGUAUCUAAUAAGCAUCCAACAUCUACUAAAAGAGAUCCUCUUCUUAAUGGAGAUGGAAAUUGCGGAUACAGAGCAGUGGCCGUGUGUUUAAAAAGAAAUGAAAAUGAGUGGUCAGAGAUAAGAAAGGAAUUGCUAAAAGAAUUAAUUGAAAAAGAACAAUUUUACCGGAUGCUGUUUUUUGCCAAUGAUGAUUAUGAUGUGAUUAAAAAAGAGAUUACUUGGGAAAGUGGCCCUUGUACAUUCGAACACUGGAUGAAAAUGCCACAGAUGGGUCAUGUUAUAGCAAAUACUUAUCAACGGCCAUUAUACUUUUUCUCAUUACAAAUAAGCCUUACCUUUCUUCCAUAUCAUCACUCAUUAAACCGAAAUGAAGCUCUUGCAAUAGUUUUCAUUAACAAUAAUCAUUAUGUACCCAUAGUAUUAAGGGCUAGUGCACCUGUUCCACCAAUUGUUAAUCGGUGGACACAAUUUGCUACUUCAGCCGCAAUACACUGGAAACUAUUGAUCCAAGAUCGCAUUAUUCAAUUAAGCUCAACUAGUAAAACGGAUCUAGAAAAUAAAUAA